AUGAGUACCAAAAAGAAUUUUGUCACUGUUGAGGGUGUAGUUACGAUAGCAUAUCCUAAUGGUAUGUUCUUAGUCCAUCUAGAUAACGAUAUAGAUGUUUUAACGGUUGUAUCAGAUACAUGGGGGCAAGCGGUUUCUUGGUCUUCUGUCGGUGCUUGUGGAUUCAAAGGUACAAAAAGACGUUCACCAUUUGCUGCUCAGACUGCAGCAGCAAAUGUUGUUGAUACCUUAGUAAAUCAAGGUCUUCUGAAAGAAGCAGAAGUUAUGAUAAGUGGCCCUGGUUCGGGGAGAGAUACAGCAUUAUGA